AUGGACGGCAUUCCUGGCGAGCCAGGUACGCCGGGAGAGCCCGGCCUCCCAGGAAUCGUACCUCAGGUGCAAGUGAGCGCCAGUGGUUGCCGCGUCUGUCCACCGGGACCAAAAGGACCAAUAGGAUAUCCUGGCCAGCCUGGACCGCAAGGAUUGCCUGGAGAGGAGGGACCACAAGGAGAUAGUGGACGUCCAGGAAGUGACGGAAUCGCUGGACCACCUGGACCAAUGGGUCCGAUGGGUGAGCCUGGAAAGGACGGUGAGCAAGGUCCUCCGGGAGCAGAAGGAACGCGAGGUGAAAAAGGUCCCGUCGGGCCACCAGGACUCAAGGGAAUGGUCGGUCCUCGAGGUUAUCCUGGUAACUCUGGGCCACCUGGUGUAUCAGGAAAUGUUGGCAUUAUGGGAGAACCUGGACCUGAAGGAAAACCUGGAAUGCCUGGAUUCAUCGGAUCUGUUGGUAACUAUGGUGAACCUGGACGACCAGGUGAAGACGCUGGUUACUGCCGGUGCCCGGCUAGAGCGGUUAGCAAGAAGACUACCUCGUAG